ACGAGUACCGGCGGUGACCUCGCCCAUGUCCGCACCGUGAGCGCACGCUUGCUACCGUGCAAAAGCGUCAGCUUCAAUUCUCACCUCCGCCGCGUCCCAGCCAUGCCGACGUCGGCCAGGCCGCACCGGUACGCCGUGGUCGACGCGUUCACGGACGUGCCGUUCCGCGGCAACCCGGCGGCCGUGUGCCUGCUGGAGCUGGACGGCGCCGGCGCGCGCAUCCGCGACGUCGACCGGAAGUGGAUGCUCGCCGUGGCGGCAGAGUUCAAUGCGCCGGUCACGGCAUUCCUCGCCCCCGCCGCCGCCGGCGGAGGUACGGCUGCGACGCCGCGCUUCCACAUCCGGUGGUUCACCACGGUGGCCGAGGUCCGUCGGCACCAUUCCGUUGAGCUGUGUGGGCACGCGACGCUGGCUGCCGCGCACUUCCUGCUCACCGGCGGCGGCGUCGGGGCCGGCACUGGCGCCAUCGAGUUCGUCACCAUGGCAGGGCUGGUCCUGACGGCGAGGCGGCGGGUGAAGGUCGUCGGUAAGCGAGCCUGCGACGACUUUGCUGCCCAUGGAGUUGAUCGCGGCGGCGGUGGGUUCUGCAUCGAGCUGGACUUCCCCGUGGCGUCGGUCGAAGAAUGCGGCUCCGGCGAGUUGCCGGCGCUGAUGCCCGACACCCUGAACGGCGCAUCCAUCGUCAACGUCUGCAAGACCUCCACGAUCGGCGACCUCAUGGUUGAGCUCUCGUCUGGAGAAGAGAUCGCCCGUCUCCGUCCCAACUUCAUCGAGAUUCGGGAAUGCGCGAAACGGGCGAUGGUCGUCACAGGGCCAGCUCCAGCCGGAUCUCAAGUUGACUUCGUCACCCGACUGUUCGCCCCAAAUGUAGGCGUCGACGAGGAUCAAGUGUGCGGAAGCGUGCACUGUGCCUUGGUGCCGUACUGGGCAAAGAAGCUGGGGAAGACUAGGUUGACGGCGCAGAUGGAGAACGUCCGUACUCUGACACUUGCUUUCGCCGUGCAUGUCACCAUGGAACCUAGGCUUCUUCAAGGGGCGGGACGUUGCGCCUGGAGCUCGACGAAGAUGCGCAGCGGGUGCGGAUCUGCGGAGAAGCUGCGACCGUCAUGGCUGGCACUCUGCUAGCUUAAGGGCACAAGCUAGCUUUUGUCGAUCUGUCGGAAUAGUACGAUGCUGCAUUAUGAGAAAUAAGCUUGCAAACUUUGUGAUCGAUCGGCAGGCAUAUGCAGUAAUAAGUUGAAUAAAAAGGGGGAGUUGAUCGCUGCCCCUGAUUAUAUGUGCGUGUAUUACGAAGGCUAGAUGAAUAAAACUGCAUCGAUCUGUUCCACUUCCACGGAGCAGCAGUUCCGUAGUACGUGCAUCUUUACAGAAAUUGUUGUCGGAUACACAUCCAAUUUAAUUGCAAUGUGACCUAUGCAA